GCUGCCUCUUGCAAAGCGCCAGUCAGGUAGAUGAGAGCUCAGAGCUCGGAGCCGGGGAGAGGAGAGGAGGGAUGACUGGCGGGCUGUGAGCAGCACACAGGCGGACACAAUGAAGAAACACUCGGCCAAGGUGGCCCCCGUGUCGUCCUUCAGUGUCUCCGAACUGCACGCCGCUAUCAUAGACGAUACCACGCAUUCUUCUGUUUCUCGAUGUCACACCGGAAUGACAUACUCAAACUCAUGCAAUAGCACAAGAAGGAAGCUCUUCCACAUGUCAUCAACUGAAGACUCUUCUUCUCCAAUUUUUGAGAUGGAUAGUAGAAGUUCCCAAUCAAGCAAAUCCAACAGAAUUGAAAGUAGUUCAGGUGGAGAAGGAGGCCAAUCAAACCAAGAGAAUCAACAGGAAAAUCAUGAGAAAUCUCGAUGUCAGUCUUGUACGUCAACUUUCCUUAAAGUCUUCUGGGGCUUUCUGAUAAUCUUAUCAGUUUCAUCCUCUUGGGUUGGAACCACACAGAUAGUAAAGAUCACAUACAAGAACUUUUACUGCCCAUUCUUUAUGACAUGGUUCUCAACCAACUGGAAUAUUAUGUUUUUCCCAGUGUACUACUCGGGUCAUCUAGCAACAGCACAAGAGAAACAGUCGCUAAUACAAAAAAUUAGGGAAUGUAGCCGAAUCUUUGGGGAAGAUGGCUUGACACUGAAACUCUUUCUUAAAAGGACUGCUCCUUUUUCUAUCCUAUGGACUUUGACGAAUUACCUCUACUUAUUGGCGCUUAAGAAACUGACAGCCACGGAUGUGUCAGCUCUCUUCUGCUGCAACAAGGCCUUUAUGUUCCUACUUUCAUGGAUUGUAUUAAAAGAUAAAUUCAUGGGUGUACGGAUAGUUGCUACAAUAAUGGCAAUAACAGGAAUUGUCAUGAUGGCGUAUGCAGAUGGUUUCCAUGGUGAUUCAAUUAUUGGAGUGGCUCUGGCUGUUGGAUCUGCCUCUGCAUCCGCACUUUACAAAGUCUUAUUUAAGAUGUUUCUGGGAACGGCAAACUUCGGUGAAGCGGCACAUUUUUUCUCUACUGUAGGCUUCUUCAAUUUAAUCUUCAUAUCAUGCACACCAAUUAUUCUUUAUUUUACCAAAGUAGAGCACUGGUCCUCAUUCUCAGCCCUGCCAUGGGGCUAUCUAUGCGGUGUGGCUGGUCUCUGGUUGGUUUUCAACAUACUAGUGAAUGUUGGGGUUGUCCUGACAUAUCCAAUCCUCAUUUCUAUUGGCACAGUUCUCAGUGUUCCCGGUAAUGCGGCUAUUGAUCUUCUGAAGCAUGAAGUGAUCUUCAGCGUUGUGAGACUCGGGGCCACCAUCAUCAUCUGUAUUGGAUUUCUUCUGAUGUUGCUUCCAGAGGAAUGGGAUGAGAUCACACUGAGAUUCAUCAACAGUUUGAAAGAAAAGAAAACAGAGGAGCAUGCAGAAGACGUAGCAGAAGCUGGUGUGCACACAAGAAGCAGGAGCAGAGCGAACGGCACAGUGUCUAUACCACUGUCUUAAAUCCAUCAUUAUUCAAAUGCACGUGAAUGUAUAUUCUGUGAAUAUAAUUUAUUUCAAUAAUUGUAAUGUAAAAUCACAGUAUUAAUUUACAGAGAAUUCUAAGUUAUACAUGAAAAAUGUUUACAUUUAUACACCUAAGUGUAAAUAAACACAAUAAAGAUUUUUUUUUUUUUU